UGUAGACAUUUCUCAUGCUUUAUAAACAUUUCCAUAACUGUAUAUUCAGAUAUUUAUCCAAACAUAAUUGCUAUGGGCUUUCCUGCGGAGAGGCUUGAAGGAGUGUACCGGAACAACAUCGAUGAUGUAGUAAGGUUUUUGGAUUCCAAGCAUAAAAACCAUUACAAGAUAUACAAUCUAUGUGCUGAAAGACAUUAUGACACCGCCAAAUUUAACUGCAGAGUUGCACAGUACCCUUUUGAAGACCAUAACCCACCACAGCUGGAGCUGAUCAAACCUUUUUGUGAAGAUCUUGACCAGUGGCUAAGUGAAGAUGACAAUCAUGUGGCAGCAAUCCACUGUAAAGCUGGAAAGGGACGAACUGGUGUAAUGAUUUGUGCAUAUUUGUUGCAUCGAGGCAAGUUUUUAAGGGCUCAAGAAGCCCUAGAUUUCUAUGGGGAAGUAAGGACCAGAGACAAGAAGGGAGUGACAAUUCCCAGUCAGAGACGCUACGUGUACUACUAUAGCUACCUGUUAAAGAAUCACCUGGAUUACAGACCAGUGGCACUGCUGUUCCACAAGAUGAUGUUUGAAACAAUUCCCAUGUUCAGCAGCGGAACUUGCAAUCCUCAGUUUGUGGUGUACCAGCUCAAGGUAAAGAUAUUCACCUCCCCUUCAGGACCCUCCCGACGUGAAGACAAGUACAUGUACUUUGAAUUCCCUCAACCUUUGCCGGUAUGCGGUGAUAUCAAAGUGGAGUUUUUCCACAAACAGAACAAGAUGUUGAAAAAGGACAAAAUGUUUCACUUUUGGGUAAAUACAUUCUUCAUAGGACUGGAUGAAAAUUCAGACAAAGUAGAAAAUGGAAGUCUAGUUGCAGAUCAGGAACUUGAUGGCAUUUUCAGUACAGAGCGCUCAGAUAAUGAUAAGGAAUAUUUAAUCCUUACGUUAACAAAAAACGAUCUAGACAAAGCAAAUAAAGACAAAGCCAACAGAUAUUUCUCUCCAAACUUCAAGGUGAAGCUAUUUUUCACAAAAACAGUAGAAGAGCCAUCAAACCCAGAGGCUAGCAGUUCAACUUCUGUAACACCAGAUGUUAGUGACAAUGAACCUGAUCAUUAUAGAUACUCUGACACCACUGACUCUGAUCCAGAGAAUGAACCUUUUGAUGAAGAUCAGCAUACGCAGAUUACAAAAGUCUGAAUAUUUUUUUUAUCAGAGAUAAAAAAAAACAUACAAAAAAAAACCAACCAUGAAGAGAGACAAACUUGAAUAAACUGAAAMAAAGGACCUUUCUAAAUGGCAAAAGGACAUAGUGUCAGAUUACCAAUUAUAGGAACAAUUCUUUCCUGACCAAUCUUGUUUUGCCCUAUAAAUCUACAGGGUUUGACACUUGUCCAGUCGGGGGGGAAAAAGAAAGGUUACGUAGCUCUUAUAUGUAUAUACCUUUUUGUGUCAAAGGACAUUAAAACUUCAAUUAGGAACUAUAAACAUGGCACUUUCCCAUUUUAUUCCAGUUUUAUAAAAGUGGAGACAGACCUAAUGUGUAUGCGUAGGAAUUUUUCCUUUUGUGUUCUGUCACCAAACGAAGUUUCAAAAAACCGAAAAAAAAAAAAAUUACAGGUUCACAUCCUGCCCCUUUUUUUGCACUUGUGUGGCAACAGAAAAGUCUGCAGUUGGCUCAGAGAUGUUUCUAGAAGGUUUUUCCUACAUUCUAAUGCAUGUUUUUUGGAUGGGGGCUGGAAGGUGAUGCUCGGAAAGGAGCGUGGCCUGUGUACCAUAUCCAGCUGUUCCAUGCACCUUUCCUUAGCAUGCUGCCCUARUUCAUCCGGGACAAUGGAUGAGGAGUCGCCGCUGUCACUGCUUGUCGUUUGUGCAUUUUUCAUUUUUUUUAAGUGUAAUGGUGCUAGAAAAGGCAGCUAGAGGGAGUGAUUCUGUCUAGGGGUACAGGAAUGAACCUUCACGAGACCCGCGAAAUGAAGGGAGACAAGGAAUUGGGGUCACGGAAAACGAAACAAAAACAAAAGGAAACACAGCAACAAUGACUUAACCAUACAAAUGUGGAGGCUAUCAACUCAAGUAAGAGCUUGAAACAAAUGGUUACAAAUUUUGACAAUGAUUUAUYGGGAUUUUUUUGGGAAUUGUAAUGGCUGCUCCAUCUCCUGUGUGUAAUCAAGGCCAGUGCUGAAAGUCAGAUGCUCAUAGUGCAAAAACAUCAGUCAACAUCUUACAUUUAUAUUAGUAGUUUUUCAAUCAUAUUCCUGCUGUGAAUACUUCAUGUGCUGCCUUGCAAGCUUUUUUUUUUUUUUUUUUUUCCCCCUCUCAUGAAUAUAAAAAGAUUUUGUAAUGGUGCACAGGAAAUGUCAUUGGAGAUUCUCCAGGUUAGUGUUUGUUUUGAAGAUUUCUGAUGCAUUUUUUCAAUCAAACCUCUGUCAGCCGUUCCACCCCUUUGACCUUACACAUUCUAUUACAAUGAGUUUUGCAGUUUUGCACGCUUUUUUUUU